AUGCCUCGCCAACCGCGUGGGUAAAAACAGCGGCAGAGUGAAUGCAAGCUCAGUUAGAGUCCGUCUUCCAUAGAAAGCAGAGGAGAUCGUGACACAAGUUAUUCUGUGAACCGCCCUUCCACUGAAGGUUUGCUGGAUUUCACACAAGGAUUUGUUUUUAUUCUUUCCAUUAACCAUGGCACCUCAGCAACUGACAAAAGAAGAAAUGGAGAUGUUGCCAGAGUUUGGAUCGCAUGUGGUGGAUCCGCAGUCGCUGACGCCGUAUUCCGAUGCCACAAACUGCAAGAAGCACACGAAUCACAUCAAACGACCCAUGAACGCUUUUAUGGUGUGGUCCCAACUCGAGAGAAGGAAGAUCUCCGAAGUGUCACCCGAAAUGCACAACGCGGAAAUCAGCAAGCGGUUGGGGAAACGCUGGAAGUUACUUUCCGAGGAGGAACGCCAGCCGUACGUUGAAGAGGCGGAACGCUUGAGGGUGCUUCACAUGCAGGAAUACCCCGAUUACAAGUACCGUCCGCGGAAGAAGGGCAAACCGACGACGACGCCGGGCAAGAUCGAUCACGGUAAGGUGUCUAAACCUACCUCUAAACCCGCUAGGAGUGACAAGAGCAAAAAACUUGCCAAAGCCACCGCUCAAUACGUGCAGAACACUAACUGUGGCAGUACCACGAGCAGCCAGCUCAUUAGCGCUAACAGACUCAAGUUGAAGCUCACCAUCGAUCGCAAAUUUAAGGAGAGUAUCAAGGCGAGUAAACAAGUGCCUGUGUCAAAUAGCCAGCUGACUCCCCCAGCCAAGGUACCCUCCAGUCCAACUGUGUAUACUCCCCCGACGCCAGAGUCGGCCAGUUUCUACCCCGAGGAAGCGUACGAGCCCACGACGUGUUCCCCCCACCAGGAGCCUCAGAAGGUCCAGCCCAUUAUCCAAAGACAGGCAGAUCAGCAACCCGAGGGCUCCACCCUCGCAGACUUGGACAAUCUCACCGAUGUGUUACAACUGCCCUCCAACUGGCAGCUAGAUUUGGGAAGUUUGGAUUUAAGUAAGUUAACGGACACGGAUUUCGCUUUUGACAUUCAGGGAAGUGCUAACGGGUCUCAUUUUGAGUUCCCUGACUAUAACGCCGCAGAAGUGACCGAAAUGAUCGGGCUUGAGCACGACUGGCUCGAAUCAAGCAUAGGUUCACUCAUUUCUACUCAGUGACAUAAUUUUUCGAAGGGACUUAAGUGCAAACAAAUAUAUACAUUAUUAUUAUAGUGUGUUUUCCAAUACUUUUUUUGUGAAUGGAUACGUGGACCACAGACUUUUAAAAGAAAACUGUUGAAAAAAAUCGUGUGACGCUGCCUGAUAAGACUAGUGUACAUUUGGGUGUAUUUAUAUUUCUUUGGCAGCCAGCCGUGCACUUGAACUAAGUGUAUCGACCCACGGACCUCAGGCCAGAAACUAUGCAUCUCAAACUUUUGAACUUGGAAGUGUACAUAAAAUUGCCAGUGUAAAGAAUCCCGUGUAUUUGGCUGUCCCUGUGUGUGAUCAUAGUGGUGGAAGGAUCGCAGUCUUAUUACAAACAACUGGGAAGAUCUGAUCGGAGCGCCAGUGCCGUUUGGUUGACUUGACCUCAUUCUCAAUCGGAUUGAGCAGACGAUCAUACAGACGGCUUAUUAAGAACUGCCGCCGUCUGCUCGGAACAGAAAAAAGGACUAGUUUACCAAACGGCGUUAUGGACUUACUCCAAAGGAUAUGUAUGGAUUGUAUAAAACUGUGUUUCUCUUGUCUCAUGAAGAGGGGACGUUCUACGCAUAAUCCUAGUGGAUGCAUGGUUUUACGAAUGACAAUGUAUAUCCCAGAUUUAUAGACUUCACAUUUUGUAAAUUUUGUAGUGUUUUUAUACUAAAACUAUAUUAAUGAAAUGUGUCAGACGCUCAAGUCGCAAGUUAAAACAAAUAAUUUUUUUAUAUAUUAAAACUGAUUUUGUAUGAAAUCUACUGUAGAUUAUCUGUAUAUAAAAUGUCAUACGUCAGGGGUGAUAUUUAUUUCUUAUAUAUUUAAAAAAAAAAGAAGAAAGAAAAACGCCUCCGUAUGAAACCAUGUGUGCUAUUUAAUAUUUAUAUAUUAAAACAAAACAGUCCAACGAACAAAAGGAGCUACCUAUUUUUUUCUCGUAGCUCUAUCUUUUGUACGCGCAGUAUUUCUGUACCACUGUUUCUUAUACUUGUAGUAAAAGAAACUCAAAUGAA